AUGUCUUGGUUCUGCGGCCAGAAUUGGUGUACCUCGGCAAUUUCAUACCUGCCUCAGUUUCAGGUGAUGAGGCAUGCUCACCAAAUGCGCAUCUCUGAAAGAUGGGGUAACCACGCGAUCUAG